UUCUCGGUGUCCGACCAAAAACCGACCCCGAAGACGGCCGCAAGUAAUCCCUUCUUUUUAUCUGUAAAUUAUCGGUUCGGUGACACAACACUAUCUUCCGGGAGUUACGAGAAAGAGCCGGCCUUUACGGUCGAUUUUCGAGUGUUGCGGGGCCGCCAGUAAUCAACCUCCGGACGACGGAAUCGACGACGUGUAAAAGUGAAAGGACGAAUCCGAAACCCGCAACAUCAUCAUGUCCCAAAACAAGAGCCCGGUCAAGUACUUCCUCUCCGGAGGAUUCGGAGGCGUGUGUACGGUGCUGGCCGGUCAUCCGCUGGACACGAUCAAGGUGCGACUCCAGACGAUGCCCAUUCCACCGCCCGGCCAAGCUCCACUCUACGCGGGCACCCUUGACUGCGCGAAGAAGACGAUCGCCCGCGAAGGUUUCCGGGGGCUGUACAAGGGCAUGUCGGCUCCGAUCACCGGUGUGGCACCGAUCUUUGCCGUCAGUUUCCUCGGUUUCGGUGUAGGCAAGCGGCUACAGCAACAAACGCCCGAUGAGGAACUCAAUAACGUGCAGCUCUUUGUGGCCGGAGCGUUCUCCGGCAUCUUCACGACGACCGUGAUGGCCCCGGGAGAGCGCAUCAAGUGUCUGCUGCAGAUCCAGCAGGGUGGCAACUCACCCCAGAAGUACAACGGCAUGGUGGACUGUGCUAAGCAGCUGUAUGCCGAGGGCGGCAUUCGCAGUAUCUACAAAGGAGCCUUUGCCACGUUGCUACGUGAUGUGCCGGCCUCGGGAAUGUACUUCCUCACGUACGAGUACCUUCAGCGGAAGAUGGCACCGGCUCCGGGAACCAAGGUUGACGCUACGGUAGCACUGCUCGGUACAAUCUUCGCUGGUGGUAUGGCCGGUAUCGCUAACUGGGCCAUCGGUAUGCCAGCGGAUGUGCUGAAGUCGCGGUUACAAACGGCACCGGAAGGUACCUAUCCGAACGGGAUUCGUGAUGUGUUCCGCGAGCUGAUGAAACGCGAGGGUCCGUUGGCGCUGUACAAGGGCGUAACACCCGUCAUGCUGCGUGCGUUCCCAGCUAAUGCUGCCUGCUUCAUCGGAUUGGAAGUGGCCAUGAAGUUCCUCAACGUCGUCGCACCGAAUCUGUAAUCUGCAGGCAGACUACUUUCGCUCUGGUUGCACUCCGGUUGUUGUUGUAGGCGAGGGGUCAUUAUCAUCCUCUUACCGUGUUGGUAUUUUUUAAUCCGUUUUUGUGUUCCUUUUCCCUGAAAGUUCAUUUCCAGCGCACGAGCGCACAGCACCGUAGUGGCCUCUGAAAUCGGAUGCUGGGCAGUGGGGGGCCACGUUAUUAAGGCCAGGGGCUACGCAAACAAUCUUUGUAUUUUGCUACUUUUGUAAUAAAAAGUUAUCCAACGAA